UCUAGCUCAGAUGUACUGCAUUUUCUAAUUACUCUGUCUAUUUAGUUUUCUGUUUGCUGUCUCGUCUUUGACGGAUCGUCAUACGUCUUUUGAGAGUUGUUGGAAUAAACCUUUUGAGCAGCACUUUCUCCGUGCUUCCCUGCAAUUGGGUCCACCUCACCUUGCCUCCCCAGCUGUGACAGUAGGAUCCAAUCAAGAAAUGGACCCAGCACGAAGCACACGGCAUGCUGUCAGCCUGCCUACUACAAUUCCAAUAAUUAGCCAAUAAGGGUCACGGGGGGUGCUAGAGCCUAUCCAAGCUGCAUUCGGGGGCGGUAGGUGGAGUACACCCUGGACAAGUCGCCACCUCAUCGCAGAGCCGGAUCGUGAUGGUGUUCUGGACGCAUAGAACCGUGCGAUGACAGUGGGCAACGUGGGUGAAAGAGUCAUGCAACACCCGGCCCCGCGCUACCACCUUUUCCUGGGUGGGGCCAUACUUCUGCUCUUGGCCAGCUCUACAAUGAGCUGUCCCGCCCGAUGCGAGUGCUCUGCCCAGACUAAGUCGGUGAGCUGCCACCGCAGGCGUCUGAGCACCAUCCCUGAAGGCAUUCCAAUCGAGACUCGAGUCCUGGAUCUCAGCAAGAACAAGUUACGCAUCAUCACACCAGACAAUUUCUCUUCAUUUCAGCAGCUAGAGGACCUGGAUCUCAGCGACAAUCUUAUCAGUGUGGUGGAAAUCGGAUCGUUCCGUUGUCAACUCGCUCUCCGCUCAUUGAACUUCCGCAGUAACAUGCUUCAGCUCGUUCCUGCGGGUGUGUUGUCAGGCUUGACCAACCUCACCCGGCUUGACCUCAGCCACAACAGACUGGUGGUUCUACUGGACCACGCCUUUCAAGAUCUGCGCAAGUUAGCAUCGCUUGAAGUGGGUGACAAUGAACUUGUUUUCAUCUCUCAGAGGGCCUUCUUGGGAUUAACUGGACUUCUGAGUCUGACCCUGGAACGUUCCAAUCUCACAGUGGUCCCAACUGAUGCUCUAUCACACUUACACAACCUAGUGGAACUAUCUAUGCAGCACUUAAGUGUCAGUUUUCUGAAGCCUUUCUCCUUCAAGAGGCUAUCACACCUCUGCCGACUCGAGAUUGAUUACUGGCCUUGGCUGGAAACUCUACCCCCUCUCUCGUUGCAUGGCCUCAACCUCACAACCUUAUUCAUAACUAACACUAAUCUUUCUGCCUUCCCCGGCGCAGCGUUGCGCCACCUUCCCUACCUCACACAUCUCAACUUGUCUUUCUGCCGCAUUCAGCAUAUUCAUCAAGGAGAGCUAGGCCACCUACCGCAUUUGAUGGAGCUGCGUCUCCAAGGGGCUCAGCUUGUUUCUAUUGAGCCCUUUGCAUUUACUAGCCUGAAAUCUUUGAAACUAUUGGAUGUGUCACAAAACCGCCUGGACUCUCUGGAGAGGGGGGUGUUUGCAUCACCAGACAGCCUCCAGAGGCUUUGUCUGGGUGGAAACCCAUUGGUGUGUGACUGCAGAUUGCUUUGGUUGCUGAAUAGCUACAGGCCCCCCUCCCUGCAUAUUCUUGACCUCCAGCCUGAGUGCAGCGCCCCUGAGCACCUUUUGGGAAAAACUCUGCGUGAGCUCAAGGAACCACUGGUCUCCAGGUACAUGACCUGCACCAAGCCUCAAAUCGGACCAAACACAACACAGCUGCUGAUGGCUGAUGAGGGUCAACCAGCCCGCUUGAGCUGCACGGCGGAGGGAGCGCCGCGGCCGUCAGUGGUCUGGAUUACCCCUCACAGACGCUACGUCACAAACAAGAGCAGCGGCAGGGUGGAAGUCCGACCAGAUGGCACCCUGGAAAUCAAGGCGGCAGAACUGCAUGACAGCGGGGUGUACUUGUGUGUAGCUAGUAACCCUGCUGGCAAUGCCAGCUUGUCUGCCUCUUUAGCUGUGAAGAGUCUGGGCAUUGGGGACAGAUCUCAAAAUAGCAACAGGAGCUCAAAUUAUUUGACAGAAUCGAACAACACUUGGGGGAACGGCACCGUGUUAUACAACAUGACAGUCCCCUUAGACAUUAAGACUAUCAUUAUAUCCACAGCCAUGGGCUGCCUGUCUUUCCUAGGUGUGGUCGUCUUCUGCUUCCUGCUUCUGUUCGCCUGGAGCCGAGGGAAAGGACGUCACAAGAGCAACUUUGACAUCGAGUAUGUCCCGCGCAAAUCAAACGGGGCCUCAAAUGAAGUGACAGAAACAAGCGGCCCUCGGCGAGUCAAUAUGAAAAUGAUUUGAACGUGACCCACACACAACGACAACACCAUGCACACAUAUCAGCUGACAAAUUGUUUUAUAUGACACAGUGGAUUUGUGACAAAUGAAAGUGAUGUAUUAAUAUAGUGGCCGUCAAUGAAGGUGAUCUUGUGAUCAUGUGACUAUCAAAGUGAAACCGUGAACGUGUUUAUGAAAUACUGUCCUCAUACAUCGCAUUGAAUAUAACCAACAUAUCAAUAUGGGAGUGAUAUAGUGCUGCACUCGGCAUGUGUAUCAGUGGUGAUGUGAUGAGUAAUGAUGUUGUCGACUCGCCGUGACAUCAAAGUGUAGGACAGAGCUACUGGGGGUAACGGGAGAUAUUCAGUGUGCGGCGAUAGCUAUCAUCACUGCAAUAUGUCAGGACUAAAUUGUCUAAUACCCAUCUUAGCUGCAAUGUGAAAGGUGUGUGUUGUGUUUGCGUGCACCAAUGUGCGCAUGUUGCAUAUGUGUCUUUCUUUGUGCAUGUGCACGCAUUGCCUUUCUUAUCAUAUGAAAAUGAUGGUCUAAGCAUUUUUCCAGGCCUCUGUUCUUGUUGGAGACAGUUUUGUCACAGGUGAUCAUAUAUAGCAUCUUUGUAUGCAAAGUCACACCUGUUAAAUACUAAAAUGUUGGGGUGUAACGGUACGCUGUGGUCACGGUUUUUAUAAGGUCACCGCUAUGCUAAAAGAACAAAAUGCAAAACAAAAAACUUGUGAACAACUUUAAAGAUUUUCAAAAUGAAAUGAAAAAAUGUGAACUCCUGGCAGAUAAUUUAUUUUUUUUACCAAAAUGGUGUGUGUCUUGACUACAAGGACAACAAAGUCUUAAGAAGGACAUAGUGAACCAGGAUUUCAUAAUUUGGUCGACUUAAUGGGACCGAUGUAAGCGAGUUUGACCAUACCAAAUAUUACAUGUCGUUAAGAAUGACUUAAUUCAGUUUUUAGACUAUGCAUAGGAGGCAGCACGGUGGUUAGUGCUGGUGCCUCACAAUAAGAAGGCAAUCCCUGGGCUCGGGGUCUUUCUGUGUGGGGUUUGCAUGUUCUCCCCGUGACUGCGUGGGUUCUCUCCGGGUACUACGGCUUCCUCCCACCUCCAAAGACAUGCACCUGGAGAUAGGUUGAUUGGCAACACUAAAUUGGCCCUAGUGUGUGAAUGUGAGUAUGAAUCUUGUGUAUCUGUUGGCCCUGCGAUGAGAUGGCGACUUGUCCAGGGUGUACCCCGCCUUACGCCCAAAUGCAGCUGGGAUAGGCUCCAGCUACCCCCACGACCCCGAGAGGGACAAGCGGUAAAAAAUGGAUGAACGGAUGAACUAUGCAUAGGGCCAAUGCAAAACAAACUUUGGUCUGAAAAUGCCCCCCAGACCUCACUUUGAACACCUUGGUUUACAUUUUCUAUUAAGGACAGUGUAAACAUGCAGACAAGUCAUUAUUAUUUGACCUAUGAUUAUUACACUUUGGAAUUUUAAUUAAUCACAAUUAAUCCCAGUAAAUGACUUGCUUACAUGAAUUAAAUUAAUUUACAAAAGUGCAAUGCUAUUGUCAGAAUGUCAUACAGGAACAUUUUUAAAUGCUUGACUUGAAUGCUCUUAAAGGGGCUGUUUGCAAUUUGCUCACAGUUAUAUUUGUCAAACCGAAAAAGAUAACAAGAACACCAUUGGCUAGCUUAUGUUACCAAUAGUGGUUAAUAAGAUAACACAUUUGCUUUAAUACCGUCUAUAAUUUUUACAAUUACUAAGUUUAUGUAAUACAAAUUUUUGCUGGCCUGAAAACAAAAGAUUGGUAUUUAUGGAGGUCACUCACCCUGUCUCAUCCACACGUACGCACAGAGAGGUCAUUUUAUUGUUAUGAUUAAAUAUACAUUAAAUAAUGCGAAAUCGAUUUUAUGUACCAACAUGGUUACCUCAUGACAUCCUCGAAGCCGUAAAUGUGUGGGAUACAGUAUAAGGCUUAAAAUGCAGUGGAAAGUUAGCACCAUCUGUGUAAUUUAAGUUUUAAGUUAUUUCCUCAAAACGUUUUAACAGUAUUAUUUGAAAUUCCGUUGGGGUGUAUUUUGAGGCGAAAUUUGCAAUCAUUCAGUCUCCUCACUUAUUGCACUGCCAUAUAUGAUCACUGACCACAAAGAAACUGGCACCGCCUUUCAGGUAACCAUACGCAGUUCAGGUAAAGGAGCAUAAGCGGACAAAUUAAUCUGUGUUUAUCGUAGAUUAAUGCAAUCAUUUUUUGUGAUUUAUCAUAUAAUUUAACACGCUAACUUCGACAGCCCAAUUGUUUUGUUUCUUAUUUUGUAUAUAUUGAUAAAAUAUGUAAAUUGAAGACAGAAAGUGGAAAUUUUCACAAACUGCAAACUUUAACCAAGAUAGUUUUCAAACUCGAUUUUCUCCUUUGAACCAUGCCUAGCCAUGACUCCAGCAAGCCAAAGGCUGGGCUGCACUGUAUUUGUUUACAGAGUGGACAUGUAACAGCGAGGCACGCUUCAUGUCCCUCACUUUUUAUGUGUGACGUGUGGAAAAUCGCUCUGUACCAAACCCAAGGUAUCAUCCCAAACAAUGAGAUUACAAAUACAAGUACCGUUACACCUCUACUAACGAGAAAUGAUGCAUACAUUUAGAAAUAGUUCUCCUCACAGAAUGAGUCUAGCAUAUGUGAAAAUAACUGAACUCAAGGGAAGAUUACGGCUAACUUUCAUGUGAGGUGUUCGCUUUGUCUUGACCAAAGAGUUACCUUUUCAAGACAGGACAGAGAAAUAACAACACUUUUCAGAGGCGUUAGCACAGGAGCAAAGCUUGCAGCAAUAGAAAUGGCAUGUUAAAGGUGUUUUAUAACACAAUAAAUCACAGCCGUUUUUGUUGCCAGACAAAAUCCCUUGAUAUGAAAUAAAAGACUCUCCGGCCAGACACAAUGUCAAAGAUUUACUGGAUUGUGCCCUCUUUGGCACAAGACAAAGUUAAGCCUCACAAAGUUAUAGCUUAAAUUUCCCCACAUUUUUUGUUUGUUGUUUAAUCGCACCUCUUCAAUUUCUUCCCGCGGCACGAACGGGCCCUGGCCAUUUAAAUAGGUGUCAAUUUCAAACUUGUAGUGAGAUAUCUUGUAUUGUUAUGUUGAUUUGUUUGCAAAUAUUUCAAUGUCUGGGGUGGGGCGGGUGAUUUGUAUGGCAGGGAUGAACGGGUUUAUUUGUGUGAUUCUGUUGUGAUUAAAAAAUUGUUUUCAUAGGACAAAUUUAUGGGUUGUUUUCAAAAGAAAAUAAAUAUCAAACAUAUACCCUUAAAACUGGCAUUGUAUUUGAAAUGAUGCCUUAUGUAAGGGUAGGCCGGACAAUGUGGCUGGGCUAUGUGUACAUUUAGUGCAGGGGUGCCCAUUACGUCGAUCGCGAGCUACCGGUCGAUCGCAGAGGUGUGUCGGUCGAUCGCCAGCGAGGCAUUAAGAAAUAGACCUAAAAAUUUGCGAUCAUCAAUCUUCACUAUGACGUCACUUUCAUCACUUGAUUGACAUUCACGGCACCCGAGUGUCUUGUGAGAUGACGCCUGUUGCAGCAAGAUCACUAUUAAGAAAAAAUUACCGACAGGAGGGCGAGAAAUACUUUUUAUUUCAACAGACUUUCGUGCUGUCCCUGCUGUCAAAACUCUAAAGACCGACUGCACAGUUCCUGUCUUCACAAUAAAAGUGCUGCUUCAUCCUGCCUGCGCUAACAAAAUAAGAGUCUCGGGAAGCUAGCGCGCACAAGUUAGCAAGCUACAGAGUUUGUCGCCAAUGUAUUUCUUGUAAAGUGUAUAACAACGAGUAUGGAAGCUGGACAAAUAAGAUAACAACAACCAACCACUUUCACGUGGUAUUGGACAGAAAGAAGGACUUUUUUUCUCCUCCAUUUGAAAAUGCGGACGUUAUCAAUGCAAGUCAUCAGAAUCAGGUAAUACACCAACUUACAUUCUUGUCUUCAUGAAAGACAGGAAUCUAUAUGUGUUAAACAUGCUUGUAUUUUCAUUAAACACCUUUAACUUGCUAACAAAAACGUAUUUUUCAUAAAUAAAUAAAUAUAAAUUAUAUAUUUGAAUGAGGUAGAUCCCCUCGAUUUGGUCAAUUGAAAAGUAGCUCGCAUGCAGAAAAAAUGUGGGCACCCCUGGUUUAGAGCAAUGGCUGGUUUGAGUCCCUGGUGGAACAGAAGCAAUGACUAAACCAAGUGCGUUGGUAUUAGUUCUAUUUGUAACAUCAAUUCCAAGCUGUACUUUGUGUAUUGAAUUGAUUCACAUUAAUAGUAUCUUUGAUAGGAGUGGGCGAAUUUUGGUAUUACCAAUAUUGAUAUAUUUAUUAUUUGCUACUGUACAUACAGUAGUACCUCAACUUACGAGCUUAAUUGGUUCUGUGACUGAGUGCUUCACUCAAAACACUUGUAUCUCAAAUAAAGUUGUCCAUUGAACACGAUUGAAAUCAAUUUAAUUGGUGCUUGGUCCCACCAAAACAACACAAUUGGACAUGUAACGUGCCUUAAAAAACUUUUAGAUAGGAAAUAUUGUACAAAAACAAUACAAUAGAAUCGACUACUAACAAUUACAGUAAUUGUAUUGAGUAAUUAACAAUAAUGUACAGCAUUUACCUUGGCAAGUGUGCUUCUAUUCAAGCUGCUUCUUCAUCAAAAACACCAUCAGCAACGUUUCCAUAUUUUCAGCAAUUUCCUUCAUUGCCACUGUCUUCCUCCCACGCUUGGAAAAAAAAUAUGAUGUCCAUCUUUUGCUACUGUAUAUGCUAAUGCUAGCAAGUAAGACGAGAUGUUUUGGUCGGAUCUUACAGGUUUCAAUGUGACAUUUGCAGUGCCAAAUAAUGGUCAUAUUUCAAAUGUUUGCUUGCAACUUAAAGCAUAACAACUAUCCUUAAAUACUCUUAAAUUGAGCGCCAUUGUUUUAUUGAAAAUAUUGUUUUUUAAUCAAAUGUUGUUUUACUAUCGUUGACCCUGAUUAU